UUCACAGUCAAGCCAAGCCAAGCACAUCGUCGGCCCGACGCGUGUAUCAUUCACGACCUCCGCGACUACAGCUACUAGUAUGUUGCUGCUGCUUGGUGCUGCGACGAUCGAUAUUCCUUGCGAAUGUAUGGGCUUCGAGCAGCGACGCGCUCGAGCGUCGAGCGCUCUAUAUUUAGAUGUCAAUGGAUCUGUGGAAAUAUCUUGGAGUUUUUAUGUGAAUCGUUGCACCUGGUCAUUCCAGAAUUUGCCGCCAUACGCCAAGCAGCCUCAUGCAGCAAUCCGCCGGCCUGCCCCCGACGACGACGCGUUACGGGGCCUCAACCUCGAUCAAGCCCUGCCAGCGCAUGGGGCACUGCUCAUCUGGCCAUGGGAUCGACGUACCCCGCGCCUGCGGCCGAAGGCGAUGGACCUCGCCUGUCGGACAAGGACGCUCUGUUCGAUCGACUGCAAACGAAGUUCAGGGAGAACUACAUCAUGGUCUUCCCGGUGCAGAAAAUCGUGACAAUCGUCGACAGCAUGCACGUCGGACAGGACGGGUAUCGUUGGUUCGACCCGGCAACUCCUCGACCAGCGAGAGUCUCGGCCGAGGACCUUCGUGACGUGCAACGCAUUCUAGAAGAUCAGUGCUCGGCGCACGACUGGGCCAUUCUGGUCGACCUCGUCCAGGAGUGCAAAGCGACGGCCGCCACGAAGGAAUACGCCGUGGUUAUGGCCUUCCACAACAAGCUCGUGACCAUCCGGAAGCACAUCAAGGACCAUGUGGCGAGAAACAAACCUCAGCCGUGCGACGGCCAAGCGGCGCAGAAGCAGAGCGCACCUGCGUCAAGUCCAGCCGACGGCAUGCCGACGGGCCCACCAACGCCGACGGAGAAGAGUGCCAAAAAGGCCACCCGCCACGCCAAGGGGUUGUUGACAAGCGAAGCGGAAGAAAUCAUGAGCGACAUGCUCGCCUACGCCAACACCAAGGAUGACGAGAUUGCAGAACUUAAACAAGCGCUCGAGACGGCCCAGGCAGAGAACGUGCAGCUCAAGUCGAAGCUCGAGACGUCCCAUCAGGAGCGGGUCAAAGUCAGCCGUCGCUUGCAAGAGCUGGUUGAUGUCUGCCAGCUUGGCGACGACGUCAUGAACCUUGGCGUGUCCAUGAGCUUUAUCUAGUCGUGUCGAAGAAGACAUAACAAGUUUAACG